CGUGAAACUGCAAAAUCGGAGUCUUGUAGAUCUUCUUCUUUAUAACUUCCCCCUCUCUUUCAAAUUUAAAAUCAUUCUUAUUUCUGAUCAUAAAGAAAAAAAAAAUCGCAGAGAAAGAGACUACGAACAGAGAAGAGAGAGACUUAAGUAGCGAAAGUUGAUUUGAUCGGUGGCGUUCCUUGCGUACCAAGCAUUUCUUCUUUAGUUCUUCAUUCUCCGGAGAACAGAACCGUUCGCUUUCUUCUCUCAUCCAAAUCCUGUUCUAGGGUUUCAGCAUGAACGAUCUGAUGACGAAAUCGUUCCUAAGUUACGUGGAACUCAAGAAACAAGCCAGGAACGAUACAGAAUCAGAGCGCGACGUCGAGAAAGGGGAACUCAACGAAGAAGCCCUCUCUGGUUUCUUCAAAGAGAUCGAAUCAAUCAAAACCCUAAUCGAAGAGAUCACUCAUCUCUUACUCGAACUGCAGAACCUAAACGAAGAGACCAAGUCCACGCACAGCGCCAAGAUCCUCCGCGGAUUGAGAGACAGGAUGGAGUCAAACAUCGUAGCCGUCUCUCGCAAGGCGAACACAGCCAAAACCCUGAUCGACGCCAUCGAGACGGCGAACCGUAGGAGCGGAUCUUGCGCGGACAGGACACGUGUCUCGGUGACGAACGGUGUCAGGGCGAAACUGAGAGAGGCUAUGGGAGAGUUUCACCGGCUGAGGGAGAUGAUCUUUGCUGAUUACAGGGAAGAUCUCAAGAGGAAGUAUUUUUUAGCGACCGGUGAAGAGCCAAGCAGCGAAGACGUGGAGAAGUUUGGUUUGUUCGAAGUGAAACCAGAGAUGGAUCUGGAGACGAAAGAGAGACAUGAAGCUGUGAAUGAUAUUAAGAGGAGUCUUGACAGGCUUCAUCAAGUGUUUCUCGACAUGGCUGCUCUUGUUGAGACGCAAGGAGAUGGGGUCGAUGAUAUUGAAGCUAACGUGGCUGUUGCGGGGAGCUUUGUGAGUGGAGGAACUAACAGUCUGCUCUACGCGAAUCAGAUGAAGAAGAAGAACAAGAAGUGGGUUGUUUGGGGUUCGGUUUUGGGUGUCAUCGUGCUUCUUGUGUGUUUGAUCUCCAUGCUUGCUUCUCGUUGAAGUGUGUUUUCUGAUUCCUUGUUUGGUGGAGACUUGUUUCUUCUUUUGCUCUUUUGAGUAGUCUCGAUGGAAGCUUGGUACAUUUUUUUUUUGCUCAAGUGAGUUGUAGUGUUCUAGUUUACUUUGUCAUGAUUUUGUUUCAGUAGCUUCCAGGUUUGGUUUGAGUGAAAACAGUAACAUGAUAUAAUGUUCUGAGGUUGUUUUAUCCGAUUAGUAGAUAUCAAUGAAUAUUCUGAACCGGGUCUGAGAGACUCUCCUUACUCAAUGCUUUAUUAAGAGGAACAGAGCAACAUCCCGUAAGUUACCUUCUACUACCUAUACCAAUCUCUACUUUAUAUUGCUGCAAUAUCAGUAGUUAAAGGAAGUUUCUUCCCCGCCUUCAUCUAAAGGAGAAAGCAGAUAUGUGAUAUUUCUCCCAGCUUUGUUGGAUCAGCCGCUGGUUCUCAAGAACAAAUCCCCAAGGUGGCACGAGCAGUUGCAGUGCUGGUGCCUCAACUUCAAGGGGAGUGUGACCGUUGCUUCGGUUAAGAACUUCCAGCAGCUUGUGGAAGACAUUGACCCUUCUCUAGAUGCACCACCUGAAGGACAUGCUAAGAGUGAUACUACAAGUUGGCAAAAUCGGCAAGUACAUUUU